AUGCUUCCAGCUACUGCGCUCUUACUACUGGUCUUAUUCGUGGGUUCCCAGUGGGUCAUCACCCCGGUGUUCAAACGGUUGUUGCCAUCUAUAGGAAUAACCACUGUGGAUUCGUCGAUAACGUCUCAGAACAGCACGUUGUUGUACCAUAUCCAUCCGUACAGAGAGAUCUCAAGACAUAGCUUUGAGAAAUGGGUAGAGGAGCAGGUUGAGAUUUCGUUCGACAAGAUCUUGAAGAACAUUGGCGAUCACAACUGGAGCGAAGACUUGAUCUUGGAUAACGUGUCUGAAGGUGCGAUCAUUGCGAGUCCAUCUAGACACCAGCCUGAUUAUUUCUACCAGUGGAUCAGAGAUGGCGCAAUAACCAUCAACUCCGUUACAAACUUCCUAUCGGAUGUUGAUUCAUUCAAGAACAAAUCGCUACAGUUGACCAUUGAGAAUUAUCUACGCAACAGUCACAGACUACAGCGAACUGAUAAUCCGAGUGGUAAAUAUGACGGCCAACUAAAGAACUUGGGUGAGCCCAAGUUCGAGGUUGAUUCGACUCCAUUUUGGGGUAAUUGGGGCAGACCUCAAAACGAUGGCCCUUCUCUAAGGGUCAUUGCAGUGAGCAAUUUUAUAAGAAGCUUGGAAAGGUUCAAUGGCGCAUUGAUUCAGACUCAUGAGUUCUCAGACGUUGAAGACCUAUAUCAUAGCAUCGUAAAGCUCGAUUUGCAGUAUAUCUGUCUCUAUUGGAAAGAUAAAAAUUUUGAUCUCUGGGAAGAAGUUGACUCCUAUCAUUUCUUUACAUCAAUUACGCAGUUGAAGGCUUUGAAGAUUGGCAUUGAGCUCUAUGAAAAGUUCGAAGACGAAGAUAUAGAAUUUGGUUACAGUUUGAGAUCAACUUCUGACAUGUUGAACGACUUCAUCUUUAACGAGUCAGGGUUUGUUAACGAUGGUGUGAACCACAUAUUGGAGACUCCAUCCAUUGUCUAUAAGAGAAGCGGACUCGAUGCAGCUACAUUGCUUGGCUCUUUACUCACUCACGACGAUGACGAUGAUGGUUGUGACAAUGGUUACAACGUAGAUCAAGAUCCUGUACCGUUUGACGUUACUGAUAGAUUGGUGUUAAACACACUCAGUGAAAUGGUUAAAGCAAUGAAAUUCCUAUACCCUAUAAACAAGGACAGGCUGGAUUUGAAUCUUGGUGUUGCUCUUGGUCGAUACCCAGAGGAUGUCUACGAUGGGCUUGGAGUCAGUGAGGGAAACCCAUGGUUCUUAUGUACUUUGGCUGCAAGUGAAUUGAUGUUCAAGUUGAUCCAUCGACUCUCUAACGCGAGACAGGAUCUAAUCAUCGAUAGAGGGAACCAUCGGUUCUAUUUCAACCACAUUGUUGAGAUUGAUGAGGUGUUCCCGUACAUGACUGGUGCUCAAAAGAACUACUUGGAUUUACAAGUCAUAAUCCCUUAUAACUCUUUGGCUUUCAACCAAACCAUUUGGAACAUUUUCAAAUACGGGGAUUCGUUCUUGGAUGUUGUCAGGGAGCAUGUAAGUGAUGAGGGAUCCAUGAGCGAACAGUUCAACAGGUAUACUGGGUAUAUGCAAGGGGCUGAAGAUUUAACCUGGAGUUAUGGUUCAUUUUGGAGCACGUAUAGAUGGCGUAAGAGAGCUUUGGCGAUCAUUGGUGACAGGCUCACCAAGAAGGUUGUGUAA